GCAGCUCCAUGCUCGGUAUAUAAAGGAGGACAACGGCGGGUGAAGGACGGCUGGGAAGGCAGAGUCCGUGUUUGUAAAUAAGACCGUUAAAAUCUGUGUUUUAUUUACAAAAGUUAUGCCGUCUAUUUUUAAGUGUCGUACCCAGUUGUUUUAGAUCGUUUUUUAAUUUAUUUUUUUGCUGUUAUUCCUCGCUUGAUUUGUGUGGUUUUACACUACGCGUAAUGGCGAGCUCGGCUAACUCGAAUCAAGUGCCUAAACUGUACAGGUCUGUGAUUGAAGAUGUUAUCAACGAGGUCCGGGAGCUCUUCCUGGAUGAGGGGGUGGACGAGCAGGUCCUCAUGGAACUCAAAACGCUGUGGGAGAACAAGCUAAUGCAGAGUAAGGCAGUGGAGGGCUUCAACACAGAGGAGCAGGCUGCCCUCCAGGCAGCAGCCCAGCAGCAGGCACAACAGGCCCAGCAGGCCACCCAGCAAGCCCAGACACAGCAGGUCCUCCUGCCCCCGCAGCAGCAAGUGACGAGCUGGCAAUCGACCCGGCCUACUGUCACCAGCGCACCCCAGCAGCAAGUCAUUGUGCAGGAUCCUAAAAUUCUGCAGCAUAUGAGUGCAACAGGGAUGAAUGCAGCAACCACAGCAGCAACCUUGGCCUUACCAACAGGAAUCAGUCCCUACCAACAACUCAUCACUAGCCAAGGCGGCAAUUUGCCCCAGACUAUAUAUCUUAAAACAGUGGACGGUCAGAUCCUCCAGGUGCUGCGUGCGGCUAACGGGACCCAGUACAUUAUCCAGCCUCAGCAGCAGAUGGUCCUUCAGCAGCAGGUCCUUCCUCAGAUGCAGCCUGGCGGUGGGCAGGCCCCCGUCAUACAGCAGGUACGCCCCAUCACACAGGUACUGGCUCCUCUCCAGGGAGGACUCCCCCAGGUGCUGGCUCCUCUACAGGGAGGCCUCCCCCAGCAGACAGGAGUCAUCAUCCAGCCUCAACAGGUCAUCCUCACUGGCAACAAGGUCCAGCAGAAUGCACAGGUAAUGCAGAUGACAGGCCAGCCCGGUCAGGUGCAGCAGAUCCAGCAGCAGGUCCAACAAGUUCAACAGGUCCAGGGCGGAGCUGCACCAGGAGGCCCACAGCAACAGCAGCAGAUCCAGCAGCAGGUCCAACAAGUACAACAGGUCCAGGGCGGAGCUGCACCAGGAGUCCCACAGCAACAGCAGCAGCCUCCUAUGAUGCUACAGGUGGACGGAGCAGGGGACACGUCCUCAGAGGAUGAAGAUGAGGAGGAAGAGUAUGACGAGGAGGAAGAUGAAGAAAAGGAAAAAGAUGGCGAGGACGGCCAGGUGGAGGAGGAGCCUCUGAAUAGUGAAGAUGAUGUGAGUGACGAGGAGGACCAAGAACUGUUUGAUACAGAGAAUGUGGUGGUGUGCCAGUAUGACAAGAUACACAGAAGUAAGAACAAAUGGAAGUUCCACCUGAAGGAUGGGAUCAUGAACCUGAACGGCCGAGACUACGUCUUCUCCAAAGCCAUCGGGGACGCAGAGUGGUAAAACACACAGCACAAAGAAUGCGUCCCAAAUAGCACUCUAUUACCUAUAUAGUGCACUACAUAGGGAAUAGGGUGCCACUACAUAGGGAAUAGGGUGCCAUUUGGAACACAGAAAAAAGGAACACACAACAACAACAAAAACACCACGAAGGAACUCUGGAACUUUCUGUCAAGUUUGAGAAAGAGACUCAUCAAUAACUAUGACCCAGGGAAUCAUAUUUCAGCCAGAGGACCUGGGAUGGGCUGGUUUGGGAAGGAAAUAAACGUAACACACCACCCAAAACUGUGAUACUGACUGAUGCACAUCUGUAUGAAUGGUAUAUCUGUAUUAACACCCAAUACCCUACAAGCCUCCCAAGACACUGAGGAUUCCAUGCAGCACGGCCAAGGGAUCGAAGGAGAAAUCUUCUUAGUUUCUUUGUUUGACUGAAUUCACCUCCAUUUUGACCUGACUGUUUUCUCCCACUUCUAGUGGACCAGAUAUAACCACUGACUUGAGUUGACCCACCCUAAACACUUUAUGCCAAUAGGUUUCGAUCCCAGUUGUGUGCCUAGUGAUUGGCUAGGAAACACGUCAGUCAAUCCCAGUUUUUUUCAGUGACAGGGCACCACACAGUGAAGUUGACACCAGUGUAUUGAGUUGAGAUGGCUGUUUGAAAAAGGUUGACGUUAUUAUCUUCAUCUGCUUGUAGAUCUGGGUCCAUGUCACUGAUAUGAUAUUCCUGUCACAUGUUCUGAUGGUCCAUACUAAAAGUGCCCUCCUGUUUAUCUAGUUGAUAGUGAUAUCCACUGUGUUCAGCAGUCCAGCUCCCCUCCUGUUUAUCUAGUUGAUAGUGAUAUCCACUGUGUUCAGCAGUCCAGCUCCCCUCCUGUUUAUCUAGUUGAUAGUGAUAUCCACUGUGUUCAGCAGUCCAGCUCCCCUCCUGUUUAUCUAGUUGAUAGUGAUAUCCACUGUGUUCAGCAGUCCAGCUCCCCUCCUGUUUAUCUAGUUGAUAGUGAUAUCCACUGUGUUCAGCAGUCCAGCUCCCCUCCUGUUUAUCUAGUUGAUAGUGAUAUCCACUGUGUUCAGCAGUCCAGCUCCCCUCCUGUUUAUCUAGUUGAUAGUGAUAUCCACUGUGUUCAGCAGUCCAGCUCCCCUCCUGUUUAUCUAGUUGAUAGUGAUAUCCACUGUGUUCAGCAGUCCAGCUCCCCUCCUGUUUAUCUAGUUGAUAGUGAUAUCCACUGUGUUCAGCAGUCCAGCUCCCCUCCUGUUUAUCUAGUUGAUAGUGAUAUCCACUGUGUUCAGCAGUCCAGCUCCCCUCCUGUUUAUCUAGUUGAUAGUGAUAUCCACUGUGUUCAGCAGUCCAGCUCCCCUCCUGUUUAUCUAGUUGAUAGUGAUAUCCACUGUGUUCAGCAGUCCAGCUCCCCUCCUGUUUAUCUAGUUGAUAGUGAUAUCCACUGUGUUCAGCAGUCCAGCUCCCCUCCUGUUUAUCUAGUUGAUAGUGAUAUCCACUGUGUUCAGCAGUCCAGCUCCCCCCUCCUGUUUAUCUAGUUGAUAGUGAUAUCCACUGUGUUCAGCAGUCCAGCUCCCCUCCUGUUUAUCUAGUUGAUAGUGAUAUCCACCUGAAUCAUCCUAUUGUUGACUGUCACCUUUGUAAAGAAUCUACCAAUGAAUGGAUAGAUACAAUUAUUGUAAAAAUGUCUUCAAAACGCUUAUCUGAGAGUUUUACUAUUUUGUGGAUCCGGUCUUCUGAUUCAGCACCCGGUCAGUACAGCCAGUGGGAGAUCUGCACUGUCAGUGUAUCGGUCAGUACAGCCAGUGGGAGAUCUGCACUGUCAGUGUAUCGAUCAGUACAGCCAGUGGGAGAUCUGCACUGUCAGUGUAUCGGUCAGUACAGCCAGUGGGAGAUCUGCACUGUCAAUUAUCGAUCAGUACAGCCAGUGGGAGAUCUGCACUGUCAGUGUCAAUGUAUCGGUCAGUACAGCCAGUGGGAGAUCUGCACUGUCAGUGUAUCGGUCAGUACAGCCAGUGGGAGAUCUGCACUGUCAGUGUAUCGGUCAGUACAGCCAGUGGGAGAUCUGCACUGUCAGUGUAUCGGUCAGUACAGCCAGUGGGAGAUCUGCACUGUCAGUGUCAAUGUAUCGGUCAGUACAGCCAGUGGGAGAUCUGCACUGUCAGUGUAUCGGUCAGUACAGCCAGUGGGAGAUCUGCACUGUCAGUGUCACUGUAUCGAUCAGUACAGCCAGUGGGAGAUCUGCACUGUCAGUGUCAAUGUAUCGUUCAGUCAGUCAGUGGAAUUUGUCCACAGACACAACAUGCCCAAUCCUUCUGGCUUAUUAUUUGAGUGUUACUCGUUUGAGGUCUUGUCUGAGUUCACUGAUUGAUCUUGUCAUCAGUUCAAUGUUGUUGGAAUGGUCACCCACAUUCUCUUUCUGACGUUACAGUACAAAUGGAUCAGAUUUUUAUGAUUAAUUUUGUUUCUUUUUUUGUAGAUGUUUUUGUUGUAUUUAUUCCUGAAAGCUCAGGCCAUGUUCUAUUUCUGAGAGUAAAAAGAAGACAGGAAGCCGCACCAAACUGUGCUCUUAUGACCGUAACCAUGUGUUGCUUUUCUCCCUAUGUUUUUCUGUUUGCUGGAAUAGGCUCCAUCAUGCGCUGUGCUCCACGUCAUGACUGCUGUGUGUAUGUAUAGCUCUGUCUGUCUGUCUGUCUGUCUGUCUGUCUGUCUGUCUGUCUGUCUGUCUGUCUGUCUGUCUGUCGUGCACUUUUAAUCAUGAUGAUGAUUUUACAAAAGGCCUCUUCAACUGUGGGGUAAUUUGGCGUGUGUUCUCUGCAGUUUAAAAAAAUAAUUUAACAGUACCCUUUGCAUUUUUUUUUUCUCAGUGUCUUUCAUUCUGUUUGGGUUUAGUGUAUUUACACAUGGCUGUGCAGUCUGACACAAUGGCCCAACUCCCGACUAAAAUGAAGUCAUUCUGUUGAUGAACCCAUAACGGAACAUUUCAGAGUAUGUUCUGGGUCUAGAACAGAGUGGCUUCUCGUUCUAGAACAGAGUAGAUUCUAGUUCUAGAACAGAGUAGAUUCUAGUUCUAGAACAGAGUAGGUUCUAGUUCUAGAACAGAAUAGAUUCUAGUUCUAGAACAGAGUACAUUCUAGUUCUAGAACAGAGUAUGUCCUGGGUCUAGAACAGGGUGGCGCCUAGUUCUAGAACAGAGUGGCGCCUAGUUCUAGAACAGAGUGGCGCCUAGUUCUAGAACAGAGUGGCGCCUAGUUCUAGAACAGAGUGGCACCUAGUUCUAGAACAGAUUGGCGUCUAGUUCUGGAACAGAGUGGUUUCUGGUUCUGGAACUCUUGGCUUAGACAUGCAGUAGCAUAUAACAUAAGCCAGAGCCACUUUUCUGCUCAAGUGGUUUUGGAAUAAAUGGCUCCUGCUCAAGUGGUUUUGGCCAUGUAUUCCAAAAUUAUUUUAUUGUAGUUCAUAAUUCCAUGUGUUCCACUUCCCUGAUGUUUUAUUUUUUUUAACCUUUAUUUAACCAGGCAAGUCAGUUAAGAAUAAAUUCUUAUUUUCAAUGACGGCCUAGAAACAGUGGCUUAACUGCCUGUUCAGGGGCAGAAUGACAGAUGUGUACCUUGUCAGCUCGGGGACUUGACUUGCAACCUUUCGGUUACUAGUCCAACGCUCGAACCACUAGGCUACCCUGCCGCCCCGUCAUAUCGUACACGUGCCUUUUGGAUUUUCAUUUGGCUUGCAGCUAUCCAAAUAUAUAAUGAUAAAAUAAGCAUUUCAAAAGAGGAUGUCUCUGGAAAGUCUUUUUUCAUGUACCAUGUGUUUCAACUGCUGUUCAAAUAACUGUAUGUGAGGGAAAGGUAUUGUUUGUUUUAUAAAUCAUACUGUUUUUUUUUAUUUUAAAUCAAAGAUCUUUGUAAAUGACCAUAACUUGGAAGGCUGUGCUUUGAAUACAACUAAUUAGAGAAAGUAGUAUUUUAUUGAACAGACCCAUUGAGUUUUUUGCCUUUGCUAAAAAAUGUAUUAAAGUAAUAUGAAAACUG